AUGAUCAGAAACUGGGAAAAGUGGUUGAAGGAAACAACCCAAGAGGAAGACACCAUCAUCAGCGCGGUAGGUGAACAAUUGAAGGAAUGGUUGAACGCUGGAGUGAGCCGCUCCUUCCGGGUGACGCAGGUCCUCACGGGGCACGGAUGCUUCGGGAGGUACCUGUGUCGGAUCGGGAGGGAGGCCACUCGAGGAUGCUGGCAUUGCGACUCGCCAAAUAAUUCGGCUAGGCAUACUCUGGGAUACUGUCCAUCGUGGGAUACCGAACGAACAGAGUUGCAAAGGAUCAUAGGAAUAGAUCUCUCCCUCAAAGCAAUAGUUAGAGCUUUGAGAGAGGAAAAGGGGAGAAAAGCGGUAUUAGAAUUUUGCGAGAAAGUAAUGUCUCAAAAAAGCGGAGAGGCGUAG